AUGCGCGGUAAUUGGAUGCGCUCAAUCAUCGCGAUCGCGGGCACACGCCAAUUGCCGGCAACGGGAUGCUCGGAGCCCGGCCCGGUGCCGCCAGGUGCGGGAGGGAUGUGCCGCGGUAUUUCGGCGUUCGGCACAGCUCAGAGAUUGGCGGCAAACGCGCCAUAUAUACGUUAUGGGUGCAUGGAGGGGGGAGGUGUACCCCCCACGGCUACCGAGUCGGUAACGCUAUCACCGGGUGAGAACGAAGCGGACACAAGCUUGCGCCGCCCCACCGAAACGCAUAGGCGUCGUAAAAGUUGUGCUCCCCCUCUGAUUGACGUAGAUACCGAACGCCGAAGGCAUUCCGCUGGCCCGCAGAAUGCUGUAAAGCAUUCGCGCGAGUUAGUUCUUGAGACCACGGUGGCGUACAAAUGUCCGUUAGAGGGCGCGGCG